CCAUGUGACCAGUAAAGGGGAAGUGAUUUCAGAGGAGUCAUGGGAACAUUGCCAUUACUUCUGCCUUUUCGGGUCCGUUUUUAAUGCUUUAUCAUGACAAACACAGAGGCUGUUCUGUGUUUAAACCUGCUCCUGCUUCUUCCUGUUGUUGCUCAGUUGAGGAAUAAUGGACAUCAGCAGUGGCCCGUUCCCUACAGACGGUUUGACAGUCGCCCUGCUGCCGACUCUUACUGUGAAGCUGUCUACACGUUCUGUCCCACUGGAGACCGGGAUGGACGGAUUCCCUCCAUGAGAGACAGUGAUGUCAUCUCAGUUUAUCGACUGCAGACACCCGUGUGGGAAUUCAAGUAUGGAGACUUGAUGGGGAAAAGUCAUAUCAUGCAUGAUGCCAUUGGGUUCAGCAGUUCAGAAACGGGGACCAACUACACCAUGGAGUGGUAUGAGCUGUUUCAGCUGGGGAACUGCACCUUCCCUCACAUCAGGCCCGACGAGUACGCACCUUUCUGGUGCAACCAGGGAGCUGCCUGCUUCUUUGAAGGCAUCGAUGACUUACACUGGUCACAAAAUGGCACCUUAGAGAAAAUAGGAGAACUCACAGGGAACCAGUUCAAUGACAUGGCCCAGUGGAUCCAAGAUGACAACAAGACCGGGAUCUACUACGAGACUUGGACGGUUCGCUCUGACCCCGGCCCCAACACCACAGUGUGGUUCGAGUCUUAUGAUUGCUCCCAGUUUGUCCACCGCACGUACAGGAAACUGACUGAACUGGGAGCCAAACUAUCCAGCAGAUCACAAACCAACUACACCAAGAUCUACCUGUACAGCGGAGAGCCCACCUACCUCGGCAACGACAGCGCCAUAUUCGGACAGCCUGCUCUGAAGAACCUGGCAGUGGACAUCCGCACAUUUUACCACACAUUCAGACCACACCAGGCGUUUAUAGACUUUGCCAUCAGUCUGUUGGAGGCUUAUAAAAAGGUUGUGUUGGACAAGAGCUUCUACCUCUACUACAACUUUGAGUACUGGCAUCUGCCAAUGAAGCCUCCCUAUGUACAGAUUACAUAUGAAGAGGUGCCUUUGCCUUAACAUAACACUUUUACUCGUGUUUUCAAAAAGCAGCAAAACAUCACGUUUAAGAAUUUUAAACCAGCGAAUGUUUGGUCUCUUUACUUGAUGAACAUCAAAAUAGUUGUUGGGUGUCCUUGAGGCGUGAUAAUGAAUUUAUUUCCCUUGAAAUAUUUCCCAUUAUGCAUUAUUUCUAUGAAUCUUUUCGCUUGCAGCCUUCUUCCUCCAUGCCUUUGUUGCUGCAUUUGAACCACUUAUUUUGAGCCAACAUGAAUAAGAACUCCUUUUGAAUGAUAAAAACAUAAUAUAAUUACAUAUAUAAUCCCAUGACUCUCUCUAUCUCCUGAUAAAGAUCAUGGGAUAGAUGCCACUAAAUGGACCUCGUGGUGAGAUUGUUCUUUAUAUGUAUGAGAUGGGAGGAUGUGUUAAAAAAAGUAUAUUCUCUGCAACAGUUUAGGAGUUUAAAUGCUUUCCGAAACUCUUGCAGGAGCUUAAAUACUGUAAACUACGCAGGUUCUGGAAGAUGUGAGAAGAUUUAGACACAAAUGUUGUUUUUGUAAAUCUGCAACUAAAAGUUUCUCUGGAUGUUUUUAAAUUCGCUUUGACAGA